AUGGACUCCAUCAUCCUCAAGUCCUCCUUCCUUCCUCCACCUCUCAAACCAAAACCAAAAUCUCACAGACCAGUUAAAGCAAACUACAAAACCUCCAUCAAGUCUUCAAUUCAUUCAGACCCCUGGUCUUUAAGCGACGGUAACAUUUCUAAACCCAAACCCAGAUCAAAAAACCCAAAGAAACCCUUAUCAGACGACAACGCAAGGCGCAUAAUCAAAGCUAAAGCGCAAUACUUAAGCUUGCUGCGGAAACACCAGGGUCCACACGCCCAGACGCCCAAAUGGAUAAAGAGAACGCCCGAACAGAUGGUGAAGUACUUGGAGGAUAAUAAGAAUGGGCAUCUUUAUGGAAAGCAUGUGGUUGCAGCCAUAAAGACAGUGAGGGGGAUGGCUAGGAAGAGAGAAGAGGAGAGAAAUGUGAGGUUACUAAUGAGUGGGUUUGUAGGGAAGUUAACUUUUCAAGAGAUGUGUGUUGUUCUGAAGGAGCAGAAAGGAUGGAGGGAGGCUAGAGACUUCUUUGCCUGGAUGAAAUUGCAAUUAUGCUAUCGGCCAAGUGUCAUAGUCUACACAAUUGUUUUACGAAUGUAUGGGCAAGUUGGUAAAAUCAAGUUGGCUGAACAGACAUUCUUGGAGAUGCUUGAAGUGGGAUGUGAACCUGAUGAAGUUGCUUGUGGUACUAUGUUGUGUUCAUAUGCAAGAUGGGGUCGACAUAAAGCUAUGUCUUCAUUUUAUUCUGCUAUACAAGAAAGGGGAAUUAUACUCUCAGUUUCAGUUUACAACUUUAUGCUGUCCUCUCUGCAGAAGAAAUCUCUUCAUGGCAGGGUCAUAGAAUUAUGGAGGAAAAUGGUGGAUAAAAGGGUGACACCAAAUAGUUUUACUUAUACUGUGAUUAUCAGUUCACUUGUCAAGAAAGGUUUUCAUGAUGAGGCUUUUAAGUUGUUUAAUGAAAUGAAGAACGGUGGGCAUGUUCCUGAGGAAGUGACAUAUAGCUUGCUUAUUACUAUUAGUAUUAGAAAUUUUAACUGGGAUGAAGCAGGGAGAUUAUAUGAGGAAAUGCAAUCUCAUGGAAUAGUUCCUAGUAAUUUCACAUGUGCAUCACUGCUGACCAUGUAUUAUAAAAAAGCGGAUUAUUCUAAAGCCCUUUCUCUCUUUACAGAAAUGCAGAGCAAGAAAAUUGCGGCUGAUGAAGUCAUCUAUGGGUUGCUCAUUAGAAUAUAUGGGAAACUUGGCCUGUAUGAGGAUGCCCAAAGAACGUUUGAAGAGACUGAGCAACUGGGUUUGUUAAGUGAUGAGAAAACAUAUUUAGCCAUGGCACAAGUGCAUCUUAAUUCAGGAAAUUUUGAGAAAGCUUUGAGUGUGAUUGAAGUGAUGAAGUCUAGAAAUAUUUGGUUAUCAAGAUUUGCUUAUAUUGUUCUGUUGCAAUGCUAUGUUAUGAAAGAAGAUCUGGACUCUGCUGAAAGUACUUUUCAUGCUUUAUCAAAGACUGGACUUCCUGAUGCUGGCUCUUGCAAUGACAUGCUCAAUUUGUAUCUGAGCUUGCAGAUGACUGAAAAAGCUAAGGACUUUAUCAUCCAAAUAAGAAAAGAUCAAGUAGAUUUUGAUGAGGAGCUUUAUAGGACAGUUAUUAAAGUACUUUGCGAGGAGGGCAUGCUAAGAGAAGCUGAACUGCUGACAAAAGAGAUGGGCACAAAUGUAUCAUUCAGAGAGAGUAGAUUUUUCCAGACAUUCUGUAAGAUAAUGCAUGGAGAAAACAAGGAUUGUGAAUACUUCUCGGUCUUUGAUCAAGCCAACACUACGGCUCUUGGGCUUAUCAUUACUUUGUAUUUUAGACACGGCGACUUCAAUAAGAUACAAGAAAUCCUGAAGUUGUUACUUGGGACUGGCGGUGGUUUGUCUAUAGUGAGUCAAGUAGUUAACAACUUCAUCAGGGAAGGUGAUACAUGUAAGGCAGGGGCUGUUAAUGCUCAAGUAACCAAGCUGGGCUGGAGAUUAGAGGAUGAAGUAAUUUCUUCAUUGAUUAAUUUAUGUGGUAAAAGGCAAAAGCUAAAGCAGGCUCAAGAGGUCUUUGCAGCAGCUGCAGAUUCCCCAACUUGUGGAAAAUCAAUAUUUAAUUCAAUGAUUGACGCAUAUGCUAAAUGUGGUAAAUCUGAGGAUGCAUACUUGCUUUAUAAAGAAGUAACUGAUAAAGGGCACGACUUAGGUGCUGUUGGCGUUGGCAUACUUGUGAAUUCAUUGACUAAUUCUGGCAAACAUCAAGAAGCAGAGAGGAUUAUCCGUAAGAGUAUUCAGGAUAAUAUGGAGCUUGAUACUGUGGCAUACAACAUUUUUAUUAAGGCAAUGCUAAAAGCAGGUAGAUUGCAUUUUGCAGCCAGCAUCUAUGAACGCCUGCUUUCCUUUGGAGUCAGUCCAUCAAUUCAGACAUACAACACUAUGAUUAGUGUCUAUGGACGAGGUCAGAAGCUGGAUAAGGCUGUCGAGAUGUUUAACACUGCUUGCAGCUUGGGUCUGUCCCUGGAUGAGAAGACAUACAUGAAUAUAAUUAGCUAUUAUGGCAAGGCUGGUAAGAGGCAUGAAGCAUCUGUUCUGUUCACCAAAAUGCAGGAAGAAGGGAUAAAACCAGGAAAGGUUAGCUACAAUAUUAUGAUCAAUGUGUACGCCGUAGCAGGACUUUAUCGUGAAGUAGAGGAACUUUUCCUAGCCAUGCAGAAAGAUGGCUGGCCUCCGGACUCCUUCACAUACCUCUCCCUUGUACAAGCUUAUACAGAGAGUUUGAAAUACUUGGAAGCAGAGGAAACCAUCAAUGUUAUGAAGAAGAAAGGCAUUUCGCCUUCAUGUAGUCAUUUUAACCACUUACUUUCUGCUUACGCAAAAGCUGGUCUUCUGGCAGAAGCAGAAAGGGUUUACCAGAAACUAUUGACAACUGGUUUAAGUCCUGAUCUUGGAUGUCACCGAACUAUGCUGAGAGGUUACAUGGACUAUGGACAUGUUGAGAAAGGCAUAAACUUUUUUGAGCGGAUAAGGGAGCAUGCGGAGCCUGACCGAUUUAUUAUGAGUGCUGCCAUACAUUUGUACAAAUCUGCUGGAAAGAAACCCAUGGCUGAAGUUCUUUUGCGAUCCAUGAACAAUUUGAAGAUCCCAUUCCUAGAUAACCUCGAAAUUGGAUCUAAAAUAUGAGUAUCUAACAUAUGAAGAAAUGCUAGGUGAUCGCAUGCAAGAGGCAACACGCAGUAAAGAGCUUCUCCAGUGUUUGAAGAUGAAUCCUGCUGCAAAGAUGGGUAUGAAAUGCUUUUCGGUGAUGGCCGAGUAAACUAGUUUACGUCCAUGCGAAAAUUGAACAGUGUGGAGUAAACAGCAAUACGGCACAGCGAUCUAGGAUAUGAGAUGUUGAGAUAUCCUUGAAACUGCAAGUCACUUUUAGCAAGUCAGCACUUCUAAAAGUGCCCUUACAUGGAGAAAAUAUCGGUAAAGAGGUGUCGUUUAACUCGUGGGAAAAUGCAACUUAAACAGUAGACGAUAAGUGAGGCAUAUCACGGUAGUCGAACGACAGUUCGUGUAAACUUCGAACAUUCUAAAAAAUCCAUAAAUGGAAUAUCAAGAAGGGCUUCUCAUUGGGGGAAUACGUGAACUCAGAUAACUAUCCAUUGCAGCAUAUCAGCUAUCGUCGAACGACAAGUCAAUAAUUUCAUGCGGCUUGUUAACAUGUAAAAUGAUUCCUUAAUUAUUUAAAAUUUAUUCAAUCAAACAGAAAAUUUGAAUUUGGGCUGAUUGAAUUUAA